CCGCCGGAGGAGCAUGCUUGUUCACACCCACCAGCUUGAUAGGAAUCAGGAAACUGGCCCCCGUGCUGUCGUGAUGGACUUCGGGAGGCAGAGCCCGGGCCAUCACCAGGUUUAUCCAGUCAUUUCCAGAAGAUUCAUGUGCCUUUUACUUGAGAAACUUACCAACACAAAACUGCCCACACAGAUAAAUGCCCUUUUAUGAAAUGCCAUAAGUAACAAGGGUCUCCAAAGUGCCUGACCUUUUAAAUAUGCAAAUCUCCUACAAUAAAAGUCUAGCAUGUUUAUUGGUGUUUGCCUCAUCCAGGCAAGACUUACAGCAGGCGGCCUAAUUUAGGCAGCUGGCUCAGUUACCCUAUUUAAACAACAGGCAUUAUCUGAUGGUGCUUGGGCAGGGCAACUAAAAUCCCAACUAGGGAGGCCUCCGGGCUCAGAUGCCUUCUUGCCAGCCUCCUCCUUGUGCCACCUGACCUCAGGGCUCUUUCAUGGUGGUAGCUGGUGAAUGAUCCAAGAGGAAGAGACAAGAGCCAGGAAAGAAAUCAGACCCCCAUGACUCAACCCCAGAAGUGAGCUUCGUGCCAGGUCUUCCACCAUUUUUGUUCACUGGAAUCCAGUCAUUAAUUCAGAGCACACUCAAGGGAAGGUUACACUGGGAGGCCAGAUCACCAAAGACCGCAGGAGAGACAGCCCCUGCCACAGCACAGAAUACAGAGCUAUGUUUUCUUCAGUUGCAGCAUUGUUGGGAAGCAUAAGGAGCUGGAGGGCAUCAGCCAGGCUUCUGCAGAAUACCAAGUUCUGCAGAUUGUGUCAGCAAUGGAGAACUACGGCAUAGAGUGGCAUGCCGUGAGGGACAGCGAAGGACAGAAACUCCUCAUUGGGGUCGGACCUGAAGGCAUCUCAAUUUGUAAAGAGGACUUUAGCCCUAUUAACAGGAUAGCUUAUCCUGUGGUGCAGAUGGCCACCCAGUCAGGAAAGAAUGUCUACUUGACCGUCACCAAGGAGUCCGGUAACAGCAUCGUGCUCCUGUUUAAAAUGAUCAGCACCCGAGCUGCCAGUGGGCUCUACCGAGCUAUCACGGAAACACAUGCAUUAUUUAGGUGUGACACAGUCACCAGUGCCGUCAUGAUGCAGUACAGUCGUGACUUGAAGGGCCACUUGGCGUCUCUGUUUCUGAAUGAGAACAUUAAUCUUGGCAAGAAAUAUGUCUUUGAUAUUAAAAGAACAUCCAAAGAGGUAUAUGACCAUGCCAGGAGGGCUCUGUACAACGCCGGUGUUGUGGACCUUGUCUCUCGAAAUGACCAGAGCCCUCCCAGCUCGCCUCUGAAGUCCUCUGACAGCAGCAUGAGCUGCAGCAGCUGCGAGGGCCUCAGCUGCCAGCAGACCAGAGUGCUGCAGGAGAAGCUGCGCAAACUGAAGGAAGCCAUGCUGUGCAUGGUGUGCUGCGAGGAGGAGAUCAACUCUACCUUUUGCCCCUGUGGCCAUACUGUGUGCUGUGAGAGCUGUGCAGCCCAGCUGCAGUCAUGUCCCGUCUGCAGAUCACGUGUGGAACAUGUCCAGCACGUCUACCUGCCCACCCACACCAGUCUUCUCAAUCUGACUGUCAUCUAAUGCGUCCUGUGCUUACUGGGCAUGCCAUGUCCCCACAAGCUGCAGUAUUGUAAACUAGAAGAAGAGUAACUCUGUGAAGAAAUAGUUCACUCUCAACACCCAUUUGCCAUGAGACGUUUCCAGAAACGAGGAGGAAAGGAAAGAAUGCGACCACACCUCUUCUGUGAGGAGAAGCAACAGUUCCCAUGGCAACCAGGAAGAGAUCUGGAACAUGGACACAUUCCUUGGGCUUUGGGGUUUUUUUAAUGAUCAAGUAAAGGAGUAGAUAAAAUUGUCUCUGUCAGUCAAGUGGCAACAUGGCCCAACCGUGGGCACCUUUAAGGAAAUGAUGUCAUAUGUCUCCUUCACUUGUCCCGAGGCAGCAGAUUUUGUAAGAGUUUUAAGGAUUUCCUUGGUUCUUUUUGUAUGGUCAUGGAGCGCUGAACAUUUUUAAUAGGAUUUUUUUUUUUUUGUCUUAAAGAAAUAGUCCUCAUUAGAAAGUCAUUUCUGUCUUUAUAACUCAUUCAAGAACAACUGGAAAGCUGGUAGUUUGGAAAGCAAUCCCGUGACUUCUCAAGGGUUGAGAGCAACGUGGUCAGAUUGGAACCAGUCUGGCUGAGAGUCAACAGGUAACCCACCGUGGGUGACUUCGCUCCUAGCUCCCCUGUUUCCCUCACUCCACAUCCCAUGCCUUUCACUGAUAAAAAUGCUACCAGUUUGGUUACAUACAUGGCAUGGUCAAGCACUCCCUGGGCUUUGGAGCUAGUGGACUAUUUGCAGAUCGGAAAGGGAGAGUGGCAGAGAGGCUUCCUUGGAAGGGAAGGGGGGGGGAGAGAGAGAGAAAGAGAGAGAGAGAGAGAGAGAGAGAGAGAGGGGAGCCAGAGAGCCAGAGUGAGUUUUCACUUCCCCCAAGCACUCACUCCAGCAGCACCCAUGGGUGUCGCCGUGCUUGAAGAUCAAACUUUCUACAGCCUUAUAGGUUUCUAGGUUGUAUCUCCUCUUUGUGUCUGUCUUAAUUCCCUUUGUUGGUGUUUUCUUAGGUCAGUGCUUCCGUAUUCAUUGUACUGCCUCCUCGGCAUCUUCCAGAGGUGGGGCCACUUCAUUAUGUUUCUAUAUUCUUCGUCAUAAUUUCACCCCCACUUGGGCAUUUUGGAAGCUAGUGAGCUAGGGGGUUUUCUAGGGUGUCCGGAAGCCUAGCUGACCUCAUCGGGUGCAAUACUAGCUACAUUAAAGCUAGAAACCUACACUGUCACUUUACUGAGCUCUGAGUCUACGUUUCAUAUUGCCUUAAUGUAGCAGUAAUGUGUUUAUGCAUUUGUUUCUUUGCACAGACAUUUUGUCAGAUAUUAAAACUCUACUUUUUUAUGGCACAUAUUAGCAUAUAAGCCUUUAUUCCAAGAGGUAUUUAUUUUUUCACUUGUAAAAAAAAAUAAUGUUUCCACAUUUAAAAAAAAAUCAACUCUGUUAUAUCCUAGAGGACUUCUGUCUUUUAUAUUCAGGAUAAUAAAGACUUUAAAGCAAA